UGCUGCUAAGUAGAAAGCACUAGUAGCUUAAGAAAAACCGAUACUUUUAAGUUAACUAUUAACCAGAUCCAAACGAGCUCAAGCACUUUGAAGUGAGGGUAACUUGUUGGGCUGUUGAACCAGAAGGAGCUCCAGAGUGAAGAAUAGGCAUGGGGAUUCUUUAUUCAGAGCCCAUCUGUCAGGCAGCUUAUAGCAACGAUUUCAAUAAAGUUCAUCUCCUUUUGGAAGGCAACAGCAACUAUCUGAAUGUCCAGGACAGCUUCAGUGGAGACACCCCCUUAAUUUGUGCAUGUAGACAAGGAAACAACAGGAUAGUUAACUAUCUUCUUAGAAAACAUGCUGAUGUCAACCUCAGAAAUAAGAAGGACCGCACUUGCCUCCACUACGCUGUGAGAAAACGUUUCACCUUCCUUGACUACGUGCUCAUCAUAAUCCUCAUGCCAGUUAUGCUCAUUGGAUACCUGCUCAUGGUCUCAAAAACAAAGCAGAAUGAACACCUGGUCAAGACGUUGCUUAGAGCUGGAGUCGAUGUGAAUGCUGCAGACUCUUCUGGCAGCACAGCCCUUCACUAUGCUUGUGAAAUGAAAAACCAGGCAGUCAUUCCUCUACUGCUUGAAGCUCAUGCAGACACUUCUGUAAAGAAUCAGGAUGGGGAGACUCCUUUAGAUAUAGCAAGAAGAUUACAGUUCCACAACAUUGAGAGCAUGGUAAGAAAAGAUUCCUAACCAUCAAGGACUCUCAAACAUGCAGAAAAUUACCUCAUCUGACAAUCCACCUUUGACAACAGCAGAAGUCCUGCAGAGGAUGAAGGCUGAUACUUGAAAAAGACUUAGUCCACAUCCACCCAUUCCUUGUGCAGACUUGGACAAUUUUGUGUGAGAUUUGUCAGUACCCCAGGGCCAAGAGUGGGCUGAAAGAAGUUCAUUUUAUUUUACUAAGCCAUGAAUUGCUACAAUAGUGUUCAAAAUAUUGUCCUUCCCAUCUGCUUCAUCAGUUUUAUUACCUGACUUCUGCAGACUGUGGAUUUUGAAGGCUAGCUAUAAAAUAUCUGGAAGCCUAAACAUUGCAUAUGAUGGUUGGCAGCCAAGGCAAAAAUAAAAUAUCCUUUAGGGUGUGUGUUACUUGUUCCACAGGGGAGCUAAACAAUAUGCUACAGCAGUUAUAAAAGGUCUGGUACUCUUCUUCUUGGUAUUCUCUUCCUACAAUGGGAGAGCCUGGCAAAACAAAUUUCUCAGUUGAGCCCUUCCUCCUUCCAUCCUUCCUACAAUUUUCACACACCUUAAUUCUCACUGUGUUGCUACAAGGGAAGGACUAUCUUCUCUUUUUUUCACCUAAGAAACAGCAAAAAGAGAUUCAAUGCCUUGCUGGAGAUCAUAAAGAAAGUCAAUUCCCAGAUCACUUUAAUACAUUAAGAAAUAGCAAAGAAAAUAUAUUUGGCUGAGUAGAGAAACAGGUCUCUUGUCUACCUUUCCAAUAUAAACAGUGUACUAAAGAAAAAAAAGAGUCAAUAAAUGAAAUGCUGUUGAUGGAAACCAGAUGUAUCAUUCCCAUGGGACUAGACAGGAUAGCAUGCUGCACAGAGUGGUGCAUGCAGCAGGGGAUAAUACCAAUCAUAAUAAUAAUAUAUCCACGAGUCUUCUCUUGCCUAGGUGAAGGCAGAAGAAAACCUGCAGUAAAAAGCAACGUAUUAAAGUGGCCCAGUGUUUUGUGAUUUAAUAAUGCAGCAGUAAAAGAGAAACUCCUUCCAUACGCUGCUGUGUUGUGUCUCCUUGCUCUAAUGGAUCUUUAUUUUUGUUGACAAUUUUGGCCUUUUCCUGUAAGCUGCCAGAAGUGCAGUACAGCAUUGCUAAUGGGUGCUACAGUAGGUGCAUGGACAAGCUUUUCCUGUGUUGCAAAGACAGAUAUAUUUUUCAUUCUAGCCAUUGUAUUGGAUAUAAACUCCAGCUACAAAGGGUCUUGGCUGGACAAGCUGAGCUUGAGGCUGCAGCCAGAAACACUCAGUGAAACAAACUUCCUUGUUGGAGCCUGUAAUAAGGAACAUUUUAUUGCAAUCUGGGGACAGACACUCCAGAUCAGCUUGUUGGUGAGGAGAGGCACUUGAAUGGAUUAUGAAGACACCAUCUCUUAGGGCUAAUGGCCAGAAAGGGAAAACAUCCAACUGCCUUCCCAUGUUGUAGGAACUGUUUGGAUCAAAAUGGCCCAGGCACAGAGCUGUGUAAAAGUGAAUGCUGACAGCUCAGAGGGCUUGCAGCAGCUUCACUGCCAGUGUGAAGAGUAAUUCAUAGGGUGGGAGCUGCAUUGCCUGGGGUGCACCUGCUGGAUGGGUCCACAUCUCUUUAUUCCUACACGGCCAUUCAUGAUCUUUGAAACGGUGAGGGGUUCAGGGUGUGUGAACUAACAUUUGGGUGAUUCUUAGGCAUGGAGGGAAGAGAAAUACUUAUAUUAAUUCUUUUGAGGUUGGAUUCCUUGAUGUUUUGUACUCAUCUAUUAU